AUGAAAGAAAAUGGUUUAAUAACAGACGUCGAUUUUAUGAAAAUGCCGAAAGAUUGUUUAAGAGCAAUAAAGUUUAUUGUGGAAAUUCUUCUUCACCAUAUAUAUCCCUUAAUAAAACGAAUCGGUAACAAAUUAAAUAAUGAUACAUCUGAUGCUUUGCCUGAAGAAUAUGCAAUUCAAAUAAGCAAUGUUUACACUUUGUGUUUAGACCAAAUAAAGAAGUCUGUUAUGACUUUGAUACAUGUUGUGAAAUUGGAAAGUGAUAAAAAACUUUAUCUACAGGAAAGUCGUAACUGUACAUUGGAAAGGCUGACAUGGUGUUAUAAUAAAUUAUUAUCAAUUGAAGCCUUAUUAAACACACCUAAUGAUGAUAUUGAUCCCAAUUACCCUAUACUAGCUAUAACUAUGUAUUUUGUAAAUUGGAUUGAUCAAACAUUUGAGGUCCUCAACAAAUUAUCUAGCAUUGUCUAUAAAACAGAUGUUAAGGAUGACGAAGAAGAAUACAAGAAAUGGAAGAAUGAAAUUGUUGAAUGUGUGUUGAGUCUUCACACAUCUAUAGAUGAACUUUUGUUGUCCGCAUUAACUCUCUGCAAAUACUGUUUGCCUGACGACCAACCUGUGGUUAAAGCUCAUUGCCAAGUGGUGAUGAGAGAAACAAAUGCACUUCUGAGUUACCUUAUUGAGGGAGAUCUAAAUACUGUCAAGGCUACACCUGAAACACUGAAGCUACCAAUAAAUCCAUCUAAUAUUAAUGUACUGAUUGAUGUAUUUAAGGAUGUUUUGUAUGUAUUGGAAACAAACACAAAUACCGCCUUGCUGGCAUUAGUUGUUCAUUGUUUUAGUCAAAGUGUGUCACCAGCAAACAUGUUGAAAGAGCAUUUUGAUGUCAGUUCAGGAACAUGUAUGUGUUGUAAUGAUAGUAAUGUUGUGGAUAAUUGCAAAGUUAUUAAGGAAUUUGAUUUGCAUAAUGAAAGACUGCUGAACAUUGGAUCAUUUGCUAUGUCGUGUUCUUCGGAUCAGAGAAGAAUACUAUCUUUACGAAGUGGCCUUGCGAGUCUAGAAGCAUUGGACCCACAUUUAGUACCGGCGGUGAUGACGUCAUCAAAGAGUCUUCACUCAUCAAUACUUAUUGAUAUUUGGAAUCAAGAGGUCAAACAAAUAAGGGAUGGGAUAUUUUUAAUUGUUGAUCCCGCAGCUUUUGCCGAUAAAGUUAAACAAAUGAUGCAUCAGAAAAUUCAGGAAAUAACUAAAGACAGUGCAUAUAAUAAUGCAAAGACCUGUACAGUGAUCAACAUGGGCUGUGUUGUGUAUGAGUUCUUCAAUGUAUACAAACAGUUUGAACCGGAUGCAUUGAGCUCUCAUGAACUUUUGACGCCUUUGUUACGAGAUUUGAAUAAAGUUCAAAUGGAAUGCAAAAUCGUGAGCAACUUAUUCUGUCAAGCGGACGAUCAUAAGUACAACGUGAAAAAGACACAAAACAAAAAUGCUUCAUUUGGACAGCUUGUAAAGAGAUUGAAACUGCUCUACAAAUUAGUCAAAAGUAUAAAUAAUAUAUUAAAUCCAUCAGAAAACGAAUUUUACGAUGAACCAGAAAUGAAAGACAUCACUCAGACUAUACUGAAUGGAAAUACUUACGUUGCAUCACCGAGAAAAAUCAAUAAUAUGACUAGAAGUAUAUUUGCAAGAACAAAUUUAAGAUCUUCCACAGGAAAAUUUCCGUUAGCUGUUCUAACAAAACAUAUGAAGGCUAGAACGAAUAAUGAACUGAGUUUCUCAGUACAAUUGGACCAAAUAUGCAAUAUAUCUGACAUAAAAAUAAAUCGAGAAGCUUCUAUACUGUAUCAGACACCUUUAAAAACACGUUCUUUAAGAAAGGCUGUACUCAGUAAGGUUGUGCCUAUAGAUCUAGAACAGAAAUGGAAUGAUACGGAAAAAAACAUUUCGGAAAGGGAAAGUAUGAUUGAGGACAAUAGCUUGCAAAUUACAGAUGUCCUGAACCAGAUAAACGAUUUAAUGUGCAACAUAACGGCAUCAAAAAGGAGCUUAAAUUCAACAGUUUUCACGGAGAAGUCUCGUUAUUUAAGUAAUAAGAGUACUAUGAAAUUUGACCGCGUUUGGGACAUUAGUGUCGACGAUGUCGGAGAUUUGGGAGUGUCGAAUGACGCGCCAUCAGAAAUAAACACUCUGGAGAGAAUUAACGAUCUUUAUUUGGUUGAAAGUAAACUGAGCGAUUUGAAAUCGGGACAGUUUGAAACUAGCGUAUAA